CGCGUGAAGUACAGGGCAAACGGCCGCCUUGGACGACCGAGGGUGCUCUCGAAGGGCUACUGCCAAACAAGCAGCACGGUCGAGCAAUGUAGAUACUAGGGCUUUGAUAACCCUCCCAGCGUCAAGGGAAAAUGGUUCCCUAUAAACAUCUUGUUGUUCGCACCCACAUUCUCUUUCCCAGGUUCUUACAUUCUCUUCCCAUCAUCUGCGUUCUUGAUCGCUGCUUGGUGCCUGCUGCGUUCUUAGCCAGGCAGUAAGCAUUUCGCGGGCUUCACCACACCCUUUCUCUUUGGAAUCUGUCAUUCUUUCCCAAGAGCCCUUUGUUGGUGUCCACCCCGAUGGCUACUGACUGGCAGCCCGAGUGUAUUGCGCCUCAGCAUCAGUCAAGUCUGGAGAACAUCGGACACCAUACGGAUCGAGCUCUCCAGAACACCUCGGGCAAUGUACAGUCCUACUCAGACGCUAUCCUUCACGGUGGGGUGAGUGGUCGUGAUGACCAUCUACAGCAUCUGGCCUAUAAAUAUUCCCAUGCCCCUGUGCAUCCUCAUCCCAUGCCGACUGCUACCGGUCUGCAUCCUCACCACAUCCUAAACGCUCGAGUUCAAGCGAAAAAGCUUCGACGUGUCCAGUCACUCGGUCCGAAUCAUGCUGGCGCUCGUAGGGGAAGAAGCUACCUCAAAUCUCAAAAGUAUUUGGAGUAUCGGGCGCGGCCUCGGCGGGACACUGGCAAGGAUGGGGAACCGGUCUGGUCUGAUGAGCUCGAGGACGCUUUCCAGCAAGCGCUGGAGGCAAACCCACCCAUGGGUAGAAGAAAGUGGUCUGAACGAGGAAAGUCGUAUGGCCGAAACGAACUCAUUGCAGAGUAUAUCUACAAGAUGACCGGCAAGAAGAGGACAAGAAAGCAAGUUUCAAGUCACUUGCAGGUUCUUGACUCCUUUCUCAAGGGUGACCCCGAUUGGGAGAGACUCGUCCGAGAGCAACCGGCAGACCGCUCAAGCAAUCAACAUCAGUCAGUUGGUCCUAAAUGGAGAACUUCGCUGGACCAUCCUCUGCCCAGUCACUAUGGUGGGCACAUGCACGCGGCUUACCAUGAUCAUCUGAGGCCAGUGCAGCCUUAUGUUGGGGAGCUUCCUCCGCCCCAUUACACCCUGGGCUCGAACAUGCAUGAACGGAGUACCGAUACGAUCCAUGGCUUCAAUUUUGAUAUGUGGGUGAGCGCGCCUCAGCAGGCGAACCAGGUCGACAAAGCUUUCCAUGUGUACACAUGUCUUCAAGGAGACCAAUACCACCCUGUCGCUCCCCCUAUGCCCCUGGAGAACGUCAGGGACUGGCGAACUACUUUCCCUCAUCUGAACUCCGUGAUGGAGGAGCUGGACGGCCCCUUGGACUGCGAGAUCAUUCUGCUCGAAGCAAGCCUGAAGCUGAUGAAUGAUUUCCCCCCGCCAGGUUCCAAGUUGGGGAUUCAGUUGGAUAUAGACUUUGCACCUCCUGGCAUGACUGAUGCCACGGUACUCAGUCAGAUGGACAACUGGACAUGUAGCACAUACAUAUAUGAAGAUGGCCAUCGGUUGUCAAAGGCCGAUCACAACCUUGCCAGACCACUGUCCACUAAAGUGAAACCCCCAUUUGAGUCGUCGUGGUGGGCGAAACUAUUCACAGAACUCACGCAGGACAAGCAGAUGGCCGAAAAAUCAGGACGGCACCAGAAUGCAGAUGAACAUAUCCGGCAGUUCUUCCGCUCGCUGUCCGCAGUCCAAGAGAUCCGAGCGAUCUCUCAAAACUCGCGGCGAGUCUCUCAUCAGGGCUCUGGCCAUCCGAGCGACGGCAGCAAGAGGAUGGCAAUCUUACUGUGGAAGUUCCGCCAGACUCGACCUGACGAGGUUGGGCUGACAACCUGGAGGAAGCUGAUUCCUCCACCCGACCGAACGAUAAUGAAUACCCCGAACGUGUAUCACACGCCUCAAGGUCACGACAUGUUGCAUCACAACGGAACUUCUCAAUCGCAUUGGCCUUUGUACCCGCCACCGCAUGAGAACAUGUCCAAUAUGUAUCAUCAGACAGGCUCCUUUGAUUUCUUGAACUCAGUCACAAAAGCCGAAGAUGGACUACAGGAUAGAACUGCUGUCACUUCCAUCCUGGAUUCCUUCUCGGGCAUGCCGCCGCAGGAGACCAGUCAGCCAUCAAGUCUCAAUGUCUCCAGCGGCGGACCUGUGAUGCUCAAUGUUCAUGACAUGUCCCUGUCGCACCAUAACCUUGCAGGGUACACCUUGAGCCACGACAACCACUAUGUGCCCUCUCAGCAACACGGCGUUGGCGUUCACGACAGUAGCAAUGUUUUGAACAAUAUCUUUGGUCCUGGGUCGCAGUCAAUGGACGAAAUCGGACAUAGCCAGAGCGCAUGGGGCCCUCCGAUUCCUUCGACGACCAUUCCAAGCGACGUUGGCUCCAACAACUACACGCAUCUUCCGUACCAUCACCACGACCAUCAGACGCCGGCAUCCCGCGAGUCACACCCACCCAACGGGUUCGAGGGCUUGAUGGGACCGGAUGACCUGAUGGACAAGAUCGUGGGCAGCAUGCCCGACGAUCCUGGCAUGAAUGGGGCAGGACCCGACCAUGCUAGUGCCGCCUAUACAGAUACCAAUGCAGCUGAGGCGGUCCAAUGA